AAGAAGAAGAAGAAUUUGUUUGCAGCAGCUUCAUUUCCUCCCUUUUGCCCCAAAAGUCUGUUUUUAACCACAAGAACCGCUUUAAUGUCCGCUAAGCGAAGACACGAUGACAACGAUGCUGACGGAGCUGCUUCUUCCGACAUGAAACAGAAGAAGAGACAAGUAGCUGCUUCUUCCAACAAGAACCAGAAGAGACAUGUAGCUGCUCUCAUUUUGGCACGGGGGGGAAGCAAAGGCAUUCCGCUUAAAAACAUCAAGCCCUUAGCCGGUGUCCCCCUCAUGGGAUGGGUGCUGAGGGCUGCUGUGGACUCCGAAGUGUUUGAUAGGUACGUUGCAAAUAUUAAGAAAGUUGCUGAGGCAUGGGGUGCUCAGGUGCACCAGAGGAGUUCUGAAGUCUCCAGAGACUCUACUUCAUCAUUAGAAACUAUCCAAGAGUUCCUCGAAUACCAUAAUGAGGUGGAUAUAGUUUGCAACAUCCAGGCUACAUCCCCGUGCCUCCAUCCAUUCGAUGUGAGGGAGGCCUUAAAAAAGAUCACAGAGGACGGCUAUGACUCCGUCUUUUCAGUGGUCAGGAGACACCAGUUUCGGUGGAAGGAGGUAGAUGAAUUAUCUGAUGAAAAAACUGAGGCUAUAAAUCUGGACCCAGCCAACCGGCCGCGGCGUCAGGACUGGCCCGGAGAGCUGUGUGAGAAUGGCUCGUUUUACUUCACCACAAAAGAUCUCAUUAAGACGGGACAGCUGCAGGGCGGUAAGUCGAUCUACUAUGAGAUGCUGCCGGAGUUCAGUGUGGACAUAGAUGGAGACAUCGACUGGCCUGUUGCAGAACAGAGGGUUCUCAGGUACGGGUACCCCGGUAAGGUAGUCCGCCUGCUGUUCUGCAAUGUUUCUGCAUGUUUAGCAGAAGGAAUCAACGCUCUGUCUAGUAAUACCAGAAACACAUCUGCUAUUCACAUGCUGCAGGAAAAACAAGUGGAGGUCAUACUGUUGACCUCCAGUGAUGACGCUGUGGCCCAGUCUUUGGCUGCCAAACUUCAAAAAAGGACAGGGUGCCAGGUCAUGGAGGUGGGAAAGAAGCCGCUGAACGAUUUGCAAGAGGUCAUGAAGAACAAGAGUCUGGACUGGAAACAUGUGGCAUUCAUGGGUUUUGAUCAAGCAGAUGAGAAAUUGCUGAAGCUGGCAGGUUUGAGUGCAGUACCCGGGGAUGCUCCAGAGUUGGCCUCAAAGGCUGCAAAGUACAUCUGCCCCCUUUCUAGGGGAUCAGGAGCUGUGUGGGAUUUUGCUGAGCACAUUCUCCUGCAGAAACCAAUGGCAAAACCUCAGUAGGACCACAGCAUUUGUAAGAACUUCUAAUGGCAGAUUCAUUUUGAUAAAUGGAAGAAAUCAAAAUAAUUAAAAUUAGUCGUGUAUAUGUUAGAAAUGUCAAGAGAUGGGUUUGUAGUAAUGGUAAAAAAGCAGAUCCUCAUUCAAUUCUAAGGUUUUUUAUAUCAGGACAUAAUAAAAUAAUCAUCUGGUCCUCACCAGUUGUUAAAAAUGGGGAAAGGCAACCUUGGAUGUGCAAAAACACACGGCCUACUAUACUUUGUCCCAGUUUAACAGAAGCUAAGCCAAAAUGCAGGAGGUUAGCCGCACCUGCUAGUCAAAUUCAUUUGAUUCAUUUAUCAUGUGUGUGGACCUCUGUAAAAGCAGAGGUUUGACCAUUUUUAAUGUCCAGAGCUCUCACCUGUGAGUUAACACAAUGCCACACGCUUCCCAGAAGUGGACGUCUCAUGAUCCCAAGGUCGGACUGUGCGAUGUUCAAAGAGAGUGCAAAAAACAAACAAACAAAAAACAGAAAAAGACUUGACGAGUAUGGCUUGUUUGGAAGGGUUGCUAGCAGAAAGUCUCUUCUGCUUCUAAAAACAAUGUGACAGCAUGCCUUAGGUUGAUUAAAGUGUAUCUGAACAAGACUUCUGACCUGGCCAAGGUGGAGAUGUUUAGCUAUAAUGCACAGCACCAUGUUUGGAGAAAACCAAGCACAGCAUCAGCAGAAACACCAAUCAGCUGCCAGACACGGUGGUGUGGUCACUGAGUCGACCACGGCCACCUCUGUGUACCAAACUAUUCAAAUGUGAGGCCAUCUGUCUGUCUUUACUGAAACUGGGUCUUGUGUUGCAGAGAGUUAAAGUCCAGAUCUGAACCCUUUAACUGUGUAAAGAACAGUGAGCUAAAAUUCCUCUACAGUGAUUUGACGCUGCUAAAGUUCAUACUUAGUCCUGCUGAAGGUGAUUCUACAAGCUACUGAUUCAUAGACUGCAUUUGGGGUUUUUUUUACACAUUUUUGUGUUUUUGCAUUUUGGUUUAGUUUUAUUAAACAAACAAUGUCAUGUUGUAAUAUGUCGUGUUUUUGUUCAUCUGAUGUUGCAUUUACCUAAUUUUAAGAUCUGGUAAAGGCCAGAAAAGUUUAUUACAUCCUGAUAUGUAACACCUCAGAGCUGUCUUUUUUUUUUUUUUUAAUUUAUUACCAUCUCUAAGCAAGAAACUUUUCCUGUGUCGAGCAAGAGGAAUGUCAGCAGUGUUUUGAAUUUUACAAAUUAAAUCAAAUGUUAAGAAAGGCUGUGUUUGCAUAUGAUCACAUAAAGUGAAGUAUAAACAGGAAGGAUCACUCAUUUUACUGCAAGGACAUCAGAGGCCUAGACUAUGGAGCAGAAUCUGGGUUUUAUUCUGAGUUUCUGUACUACAAAACACAUUCACAUCUUAUCAGAGAACAUCACCAUGGUAACACAUGAUGUAGAAAAGAAGAUGAGGUGCUAAAAUGGAAGUAAAAUUAGUCAAAUGUCACAUAGUAAGGUAUUCAACACUCAGUCUUGAAAGGUUUCUUUGACUGUAUGCUGAUGUCUAGUUCCAAGACGGACAAGAACAUAUCUGUAGUCCCUCAAUAACCUCAGGAGCUAUGUAAGCUACACUAUAUUAUGCUGGACAACGCUUUCUAUCAAACAUAAUUAAAUCUAAGGAGCUUGGAAAGAAAAGCUUCUGUACUUAAGUUUCUUGAAGACGUUUCACCUCUCAUCUGAGAACUUUCUUGAGUUCUGAAGAGCUACGAUGACCUGGAUGUGCCAGGUCCAUCCAGCAUUAACUACAGUGUCUUACUACCUCUCCUUAUUACUGCAGCGCCUUGUUUCAUGCACUUUUAAGGUGACAAUCUUAUUGUCCACGCACUUGCAACAAUAAGGAGCUGUAGCGAAGCAUUGAACUUGCUCUGUAGUGCACGCCUCAGCGCUGAUUCUAAACAGCAUCAACAUUUCCAAUAGAGUAACUAAAAUUGUCUGUAAGCACAUUUCAGUGGGUACAGUUGCUGCUUUCUUUGUCAUAUAUGGCAGAUAGGUCCUCUGAAUCCUUGACAGAAGACAUGCAAGAAGCGAACAGUAACAAGGUCAGUGUGGGAAGAGAAAAACAUUUCACAGUUAUCAUGCUGCUCAUAUCCCCUUAUAGCACUGGUUCUCAAAUGGGGUUUGCAGGGCUCAGAGUUAUUCAGUCCAUUUUCUCCCAGUUAUCCAAGUCAUCAGAGAGACAGACGUUCAUACCAACAGCCAGUUUAGAAUCACCAGCUUACAUAAACCCAUGCAUGUAUUCAGGAGUACUCAGAGAGAACACACAGAUAUCUGAACAUGCAGACUCCCCAAGGAAAUAUCCUAGAGUGAAUUUGAACACUGGAUCUUUUGGUUGUGAGGCUGUAGUGCUAACUGCUGUGGUCCCCUUUGCAAUCAAUUGUAGACCCUGUGCAUCUCCGUGAUUGGCAGGACAGGCUCAGGCAGCUUUUGUUGCAGACCUGAGUUCCUCUAGAACAUUUCUGUGUUUAAGAUUGAAUUUGAUAAAGUAAGGCUGGAGUUUUCAAAGGUCUUUAAAAUGCUGCUUUACUUUCCUGCUGAGAAGAUUGAAGCUACUUAAUAACUGCUAGCUACAUCUACUAGCCUGUUACACUUUAGCCUAACCCAAAGACCAGAAAUGACGUGGUGUGUGCUGGAAAGACCUUCAUAUAUAACCAAAGGGUUUUUUUGUUUUUUAUAUUUUUGUUUUUACUUGGUAAAGUUUAGACUUCACGCUGGAUUUUGCCGCUUCCACCCACAUUGAGGCUUUAUGCUUGGUUAAACUGCUCCUGAUUUUGUUAAAAAUGUCUUUUUUCUGUUUGCAGUUUCAUUUCUCGGAGGCGUCUGCUUUGUUGGAAAAUCUCAUGAAUCAUUUCUGAUUUUAAUUUUAUUGAACUGAUCAUUUUGUGAUUCUUUUUAAAUCAUCAAAUAAAUAAACUUGCUGAUGUUGACGGGGUACAAA